AUGCAGCAAGAGGAAGAAAGAUCCAACUCUCCCACCAGCAUUACCUCCCUAACUUCUCUUUUCGCCCAUUUACCUCCCCUCCAACAGCGGCCAGCGACUCCACGAAGAAUUCAGGAGCCCCGGCCACAGCUUUUCGUGACUCCUGAUGGCAGAAUCGUCGACAAUCCAUCUCACCCCGGGGACGAACAAAACGAGAUAACAGAAGACGAAAGGAUCAGAAGACAUGCUGCAGUAGAAAUAAAACAGUUGAGCGAAAAGGAAGCAAAGGAGAUUUGCUCAGUUUGCCACGAAAUUUACGAGGACGAAAAAGGGGCGGUGCUUCCAAACUGUCAACAUGUCUUCCACGAGAAAUGUAUCAAAAAAUGGCUCGAUCAGAAAAAUACUUGUCCUCUUUGUCAAACAACUGUCGCAUAA